CAUAAUUCACAUCCCUGCCGGACAGGUAAUCACUAUCCUUUUUUUUCUUCCUCUCUUUUCCCACACACACACACCCACCCCCACUUCUCUUUCAAAAUGUCUCUCAAGAGCUUGAUCGCCGCUACUAUCCUGGCCGCUCCCCUGGUCGCUGGUCACGGUGCCAUCAUCAAGGCCGUCGGCGACGCCGGUGGUGAGGGUAUGGGUCUCGGUGUCGUUACCAGCACUCCCCGUGACGGAACCCGCAGGGACCCAUUCCAGCAGGACAGCACCCGCUUCAAGGGCCAACAGGCCGACACCUUCGGCGAGACUGUUGGCGGAGGCCAGAACGAUGUUGAGAGCAUGACCAAGGCCAUCAUGGCCGAGACCGGCUCCCAGCUUCCUCAGAUCUCCCCCGGUGGCAGCCUCCAGAUGACUCUUCACCAGGUCAACGGUGACGGUGCAGGCCCCUACACUUGCGAGCUCAACGACGAUGCUUCUGGCGCUCAGUGGCAGCAGAUCCGCGUGACCACCACCCCCCCUGGCCGCAACUCCAGGAACCGGGAUGGCGCCAUGACCGACUUCCCUCUCGUCGCCGAGAUCCCCCAGAGACAGGCAUGCACAGGCACCGUCGCUGGCCAGACCAACGUCUGCCUGGUCCGCUGCAUGAACGCCGCUCGCGCCGGCCCCUUUGGUGGUGUCGUCGCCGCUCAGCUCGCCGGCUCCCAGACCCCGCAAGCUGCCCGCCGGGCCCUCGCCGAGAGCGUCAAGCGCUCCGAGCUGAUCGUCUCUGGCCUCAAGAAGCGCGGCUACAACAUUGCCGACCUCUCCCAGGAGGAGAUCGAUGAGCUCCGCCGCGACGGCGAGAUCGCUUAAGCGCCUUUCACCUCAAGACACGAGAUAAAAGUGUGACCAAACCGACACCAUUCCAACAACAGAUCCGUCUUUCGAGUCCCUCUGCACUCUCUGUUCCUGAUCCCUACUGUCUUAUUACUCCUUUCUUACUAUAUUCUUCUGACGGCUUGAUGUCUUCACGACGACUGCAACAACUCCAAGACCUUGUACUAUAGUGUAUUUCCCCAUUUGUAUAACAAACUUUCACUUGGAGGGACUCCGCAGCGCGUCUUUUGAGGGGGUGGUUUUGGGGAGUUAAAAAGGUCUUUUUUUUACAUCCCAGGGGGUUUUGUAUUCUCUUCUUUUUCUUCUUUUCAACAUUUGACAGGGGUAGAGGGAAACUAUGUGGCUGCUAAUCAC